AUGGACAAGAGGAAUGACACCCUGGUGACUGAAUUCAUCCUCUCAGGCCUGACUCAUGGACCACAAAUGAAGGCUGUAAUGUUCUUACUGAUGUACCUUGUCAUCCUGAUAGGGAACCUUGGAAUGAUUGUGCUAAUCAGGUCUGCCUCCCAACUUUGUACCCCUAUGUACUUCUUCCUCAGCCAUAUGUCCUUCUUAGAUCUUGUCUAUUCCUCAGCUGUUGCCCCUAAAAUGCUGGUGAACUUGUUAACUCAGAAGAACAAUAUCUCUUACAUGGGAUAUGCCGCCCAGAUGUUUUUCUUUGUUUUCUCUGCCAGUACAGAAUGUCUCUUGCUGGCUGUGAUGGCAUAUGACCGUUAUGUGGCCAUCUGUAGCCCAUUGCUUUAUAUGGCCCUCAUGUCACCAAGAGUCUGCUGCCAGCUAAUGGCAAGCUCAUAUCUCUUUGGUUUUGUGAAUGCAAUGACCCAGACAUUUUCCACCUUUAGGCUGUCUUUCUGCAGUUCCAACAUCAUCAAUCAUUUCUUCUGUGACAUUCCUCCACUUUUGGCACUAUCAUGCUCUGACAUUCACAUCAACAAAAUAGUGCUCUCUAUAUUUGCUAUGAUCCUGGGCCUAUUCACUUCAGCAGAAAUACUCCUUUCCUAUGUUUUCAUUGUCUCCACAAUCCUACAGAUCCACUCUUCAGAGGGAAAACGAAAAACAUUUUCAACCUGUGCCUCCCACCUCAUGGCUGUCAGCAUAUUUUUUGGAACCACAGUAUUUAUGUAUCUGCGGCCCAGUUCCAGCUACUUCUCAGACCAGGACAAGUGGGCGUCCAUGUUCUACACAGUGGUCAUACCUAUGAUGAACCCUCUAAUCUACAGUCUGAGAAACAAGGAAGUGAAGGAAGCCCUGAGAAAGUUUCAACAGUGGAAAAUACUUGGGAAUUUUCAGGUGAACUAA